UUCCUCUCUUCUUCCUCAAAUACUCCUCCUCUGAUACUCCUAGUCUCAUUCUCCUUCUCUUCUUUUACUCUAUUCACUCUGCCGCCCCGCAGAUCGCCGUCUCCUGCCGCUUGAAGUCCCUCUUGAUGACCGAAGUCGCGCCAAAUGCUCUCUGUGCCCCGUCCUUGAGCACACCCCUCGCCGCGCACGAGCUCGCCGUCUCGCACGCCCUUGUCGCGCAUCUCAAGGCCGCCGCCCAUGCUCCUGCUCCGACCCCCGCCGCGCACGCGCACGCCCUGAUCUCUCGCGCCUUCCGCAACCGCGUGGGCCGGGUCGACACCGACUCUUGCGAUGCCGGCGGCGAGGACUCGUUCUUUGUCGCUGAUAUCGGCGAGGUCUAUCGCCAGCACGUGCGCUGGAAGCAGAACCUGCCUCGGGUGGAGCCGUUUUAUGCCGUCAAGUGCAAUCCUGAUCUCAAGCUGCUGAAGCUGCUUGCGCGCCUGGGGACCGGCUUUGACUGCGCGUCCAAGAAGGAGAUGGAUCUCGUACUCAGCCUCGGUGUAUCCCCUUCGCGUAUUGUCUACGCCCACCCGUGCAAAGCCGCCUCGUUCGUACGCUACGCGUGCCAGAGAGAUGUACGCAAAAUGACCUUUGAUAACGCCGAGGAGCUACAGAAGAUCAAGCGGUACUUCCCCGAGGCUGAACUGCUGCUGCGCAUCGUCACCGACGACACGGACUCGCUGUGCCAGUUCUCGAUGAAGUACGGCGCGCACCUGCAGUCGACCGAGUCGCUGCUCAAGCUCGCGCAGAGCCUGGACCUCAACGUCGUCGGCGUGUCCUUCCACGUCGGCUCCGGCGCCGCGGGCGGCAAGCCCUUCGCCGAGGCCGUGCACAACGCCAGCAAGGUCUUCGAAGUCGCCGCCAAGCUCGGUCUCACGCUGACCACGCUCGACGUCGGCGGUGGCUUCUGCGACGACAACUUUGAAGAGAUCGCCGCGUUGCUGGGCCCUGUCGUCGACGCCUAUUUCCCGCCCAGCGUACGCGUGAUCGCCGAGCCAGGCAGAUACUACGCCGCCACGGCCUUCACGCUCGCGUCGCAUGUAAUCGCGCGCCGCGACGUGCCCCAGCUCGAGAACGUGAUGCUCUACCUCAACGACGGCGUGUACGGCAACAUGAACUGCAUCCUCUUCGACCACCAGCACCCGGCCGUGCGUGUGCUCACGCACCGAGGCCGCUUCAUGUACGGUCUUGCCGAGAACCAGAGCGGGCCGAUCACGGCCUCGGUGUGGGGCCCGACCUGCGACGGUAUCGACUGCAUCACGAACGAGUGCACGCUGCCGUACGCGCUCGAGGUCGGCGAUUGGGUGUAUUUCGACAAUUUUGGCGCGUACACGCUCUCGGCCGCGACGGGGUUUAAUGGGUUUAACGACCAGUGCGAUGUCAUCUACGUGUGCUCGGAGGAGAACGCUAGACUUUUGCUGGAGGAGGAGGUUUAGAGGUGUAAGAUGGAGGAGAGAUGAGUGGGUGUGGAAGAGGUGCGGAGGUCGGUAUACAUAAAAGAUUGCUUUUACUGUCUUUGGUUUCUCGUUUCAAUCAUUGUACAAUUUAUUACAAAUCCACUGUUCAGUUGUUAUCAAGCAGAGGCAAAAAGAAGGUGCAAGGCUGGCUGGGUGGGUGGUUCUGGGUACCGAAAAGCUAUGGGGGAUCAACGGACGGACGGAUUGGGUUUUGUUUUGUAUUUUUCGGUUGUUGUCGUUGUUGUCGUUGUUGUAAUUACUUUGUGUAUUCUUUAGGCUUG